GAAGGAAUGAAAACAAAUACAAAGCGGAAUGGACGUGACUAUCAUUGCUGUUCGACAAAUGAUGUCAAUCCAACGCAAAACAAGACUUCUGUUUGAUCAACGUAUCAGACAUUUUAGAUCGAGUGCCAUAUUUUGUCAGAGAGUUGCAAAGGAAAGUGAACAAACACGUUUAAAGCAAGUUGAAGAUGAAUUUCGGACAUACCAAAUUGUUGGAUUGAAACCAAAAGAGCAAAUGAAGAGAGUUCAGAGAAAAAGAAAACAGGUGCUGCCGCCCCGAUACAAGCAGAUGAAGACUGACCAGGAUUGGACCGUUGUGUGGCCGGCGGCCGAGACGUUCAAGUGGAGUGUUGUGCCCUUCCCCGUCAGACAGGGCUACGUGGAGAACCUGAAAGAAAAUAAAGGUGUGAUUCCAGAGAAAUAUGCUAAUGCAGAGUUGAUGAAGAUUCCAAACUUUCUUCAUCUUACGCCAAAUCAUGUCAAGAAACACUGUGCUGCCAUUAAAGACUUUUGCACCCCAUGGCCAAAAGGUUUGGAAACAGAUGCUAAGUGUGUGAAUCACUUUCCGCUUGAAGUGGUCUCCAGUGACUAUCUCUUCUCCAGCCCGUCUGUCCGAGAUCCCAGGGCUCACACAGUGUCCGUUAAGGUGAAGCUGAGCAGUCUUGGUUUGGAUUACCACGCACGAGACAAGCUGCUUCGACUGGUUGGAGAUCGAUACAAUGCCAACUCGGAUGAGCUUACCAUCACGUCUGACAGAUGUCCACUGAAGAAACAAAACUAUGAUUAUGCCAUGUACCUUCUUACAGUACUUGUUCAUGAAUCAUGGAAAAAGGAACCAUGGGAAACUGACAAAACGGAAGCAGACAUGGAGAAGUAUAUCUGGGAGACAAAUAAGUCAAAGACAAAUGUGUUGGAGUUCUUGCAGAAGAUAAGAAUGGUUGAUUCGAAAGACAAAGAUGCUAAAAUUUCUGAACAAACAAUGGAGGAGAGCAUUUUAAAAUUGGACGUGGUGCAAGAAUACAAGAGUGCUGUGUCCGACAUUUACAACGAGGGGGAGGACUGCGACACUUUAGACAAGUACAAGAACUCUGUUUUAAAGAUGUUAAACCUAAAGAGUUCUCUACCUUGACAACUCUUUCUGGUUUACACAGGAGAAAAGACAUCUAUAUAUUAAGAUCUGAACUUAUUAAAUAUUGGUAUGUGACUUUCCCUGUGAGCCCAGAAUGCACUGUUUCCUAGAUUUGCUGGAGUGAAAAUAAAGACUUUUGGCAUA